UUUGCCUGACUAGAUUAGUUUACCAAAGUUCAACGUGCAAGGCGAAAAUGCUUAUAGAUCUGAGUUGGUCACUUGUCCUAAGUGCUAUUAUUGGGACAUAUUUAAACGAGAGUACUAUCUGUAUAUUUUGGAAUGAUAAAUUCGAGUUCCAUCUACUUCAUAAGUCGGAUUAUAUAAGCUUUGUGGGAAUAAAUAUUAAAAGCUUUGAUGAUAACAGAGGUCAUUAUAUUGUUGAUAAGAGAUUGAAGGAAAAAGAUAUUCAAAACAAAAAUUUGUUUCUGGAUGACCUUGUGAUAAAAAUAAUUAUAUCUAUUGAAGUCACCCACUGCGAGACGUUUGUAGUUUUCGACAAAGAUAUCGAUCGGUUUGUAAAUGCGUUUACUAAGGCGUCAGUAUAUUCAAUAUGGAGGUCUUUACACAAUAAAUUUGUUUUUGCUCAUAUAGCUUACGAGUUGCCGGAGUCCCAUCACCACUUCUUCGAAGAUCAACCAAACAUUCUCUUUGUUGUAAGAGAUCAUUCCUCCGCCAGUAGUUUUGAUAUAAAAACAAACAAAUUUGUUGGACGCAAAGAAGAAAAACCUUCUCAGUUGAUACUGGUCGACAGAUAUUUGGCUUCGGAACGGCGAUUUCAAUUUGGAAUAUCGUUGUUCGCGGACAAACUUAAUAACAUGCAGGGUCGAGAAGUCAUCAUUGCUGGAUUCGAUUAUCCACCUUAUACAGUGAUAAAACAUAACAUGAGUACUAAUGCACAAGACAUGGGCGUGAGCGGAGACUCCGAUUUCAAAAAUGUUUACAUUGAUGGAACUGAAACUCGUAUUAUUUUAAAUUUCUGUGAAAAAUUCAAUUGUACAAUCCAAAUUGAUUCAUCUGCCGCAAGUGAUUGGGGCAAAGUUUAUCCAAAUAUGUCAGGAGAUGGUGCCCUUGGUAUGCUUAUUAAUCGUAAAGCAGAUAUAUGCAUUGGAGCUAUGUACUCGUGGUACGAAGAUUACACAUACUUAGACCUUUCCAUGUAUCUUGUACGUUCUGGAAUAACGUGUCUUGUACCAGCGCCAUUGCGACUGACUAGUUGGUACCUUCCCUUAGAGCCUUUCAAAGAAACUUUAUGGGCUGCAAUUCUGUUAUGUCUAUGUGCGGAAGCUACAGGGUUGGUUUUAGCAUUUAAAAGUGAGCAGGCGCUGUAUGUACUGCCUAGCUACCGUGAGGGCUGGUGGACUUGUAUAAGCUUUGGAGUAUGUACCACCUUUAAGCUUUUCAUAUCGCAAUCAGGAAACAGCAAGGCAUAUUCACUGACAGUUCGUGUACUACUAUUUGCCUGCUUCCUUAAUGAUUUAAUAAUAACCAGCAUAUAUGGUGGCGGCCUUGCAAGUAUAUUGACAAUUCCAAGUCUGGACGAGGCAGCCGACACAGUCCCCCGCUUGCGUUUUCACCGAUUACAGUGGGCGGCCAACUCUGAGGCAUGGGUCUCGGCCAUACGCGCUUCUGAUGAGGCAUUGGUGAAAGAUAUAUUGUACAAUUUCCACAUAUAUAGCGACGAUGAGUUGCUACGCUUAGCACAGGACCAGCAUGUGCGCAUUGGAUUUACUGUGGAGCGUCUGCCAUUCGGUCACUUUGCUAUCGGAAACUAUUUGGGGCCUCAAGCGAUUGACCAGUUAGUUAUAAUGAAGGACGAUAUUUAUUUUCAAUAUACGGUGGCUUUUGUUCCCAGACUUUGGCCCCUCCUCGAUAAAUUAAAUACUCUAAUAUAUAGCUGGCAUUCGUCUGGUUUCGAUAAAUACUGGGAAUAUCGAGUUGUUGCCGAUAACUUAAAUCUGAAGAUACAACAACAAGUUCAAGAAACAAUGACAGGAAGUAAAGAUAUUGGUCCGGUCCCGCUCGGAAUGUCAAACUUUGCAGGAUUUAUAAUUGUCUGGAUAUUAGGAUCAGCUAUAGCUACAUUAACUUUUUUGUUAGAGCUAUCACUAACUUAUAUUUUAAAGGAGAUGAUUUAAAUUUUUGAGCUAAUAGUUUUUAAUUCUAAUUCACCCAUAUUUCUAAAACAAUUCGAUCACUCCUAGUAUUAUUUGUAUAUUAUUUAUAUUAAAUGGAGUCCGCACAUAUUUGGUCUGACACAUUUGUUAAGUGCGCGGUUUAAAAAAUGAAAUAGGUAUCCUGGUAAUAAGUAUGCGCCAGCACGACAAGUAACUUCAGAGAACUUAAUAAAUUAGAGGAUUUUAUGAUA